AUGUCAAAACUCGAGAACCUACCUCGACAGACAUCGGGGCCCUUAGAGUGUCCUUACGAAGGUCUGGACUUGAUCCAUUCCUCCCGUUUUAAUAAAGGAUCCGCGCAUCCAGACGAAGAACGAAAGAAAUUCAAGUUGCACGGUCUGCUGCCCCCCAAUGUUCAGACCUUGGAAGAACAAGUACAACGAGCGUACCAGCAGUACAAAAGUCGAAAGGAUGAUCUGGCUAAGAACACCUUUUUGGCAAGCAUGAAGUCACAGAAUGAAGUGUUGUAUUAUAAGUUGAUGCAAACACACCUGGAAGAGAUGUUCGGCGUGAUAUAUACUCCGACAGAAGGUGACGCCAUCCAGAAUUACUCACGAAUAUUCAGGAGACCAGAGGGUUGCUUUUUGAAUAUCCAGGACCAAGAUAAGAUUGAAGAGUAUCUUUCUAAUUUUAACAGUGGAGAGGAAGUCGACUACAUCGUUGUCAGUGAUGGAGAGGAGAUUCUGGGGAUUGGGGACCAGGGAAUUGGCGCCAUUUUGAUUUCCGUCGCCAAGUUGGUUAUCACCACACUUUGCGCUGGAAUCCAACCAUCAAGACAGCUUCCCGUGGUACUGGAUUGUGGUACAAAUAAUGAAGACCUACUCGAUGACGAACUGUACCUUGGCCUUCGAAAACCUCGAGUCAAGGGUAAAGCAUACGACGAUUUCGUCGACAAGUUCGUAAAGAUUGCGAGGAAGAAGUUUCCAAAAGCAUAUAUCCACUUCGAGGACUUUGGAACUCAGAACGCAAAAAGGAUUUUGGACAAGUUUCGAUCACACAUCCCCUGUUUCAACGAUGACAUCCAAGGAACGGGAUGUGUGACUUUGGCUGCGAUGAUAGCAGGCCUUCAUGUCAGCCAUAUCAAAUUGGAAGAUGUACGGGUGGUGAUCUUUGGCUCUGGGUCUGCUGGUAUUGGUAUUGCUGAUCAAAUCACCGACGCAAUUGUUGCGGAAGCCAAAAGACCUAAAUCAGAAGCUUCAAAGCAAAUAUGGUGCUUUGAUAAACCAGGUCUUUUGGUCAAGUCUUUUAGCGAUAAACUAACUGUAGCCCAAGCUCAGUUUGCACGCGAUGAUAAGGAAUGGCCAGAAGACGAGGAAAGGGAUUUGCUUUCUGUUGUCAAGAAGGUGAAGCCGCAUGUUCUAAUCGGGACAUCGACGAAGCCAAAAGCCUUCACCGAAGACAUCAUUCGUGAGAUGGGUAAACACGUUCAGCGACCAAUUGUGUUUCCAUUGAGCAACCCCACCCGUCUGCAUGAAGCUCAUCCUGACGAUAUCUAUCACUGGACUGAAGGUCGAGCCCUGGUGGCCACAGGGAGCCCGUUCCCACCGGUAGAACACAAUGGGAUGGAGUGUGAAAUUGCGGAAUGCAAUAACUCAACUUGCUUUCCUGGUAUUGGCCUGGGGGCCGUCUUAUCUCGAGCAAAAGUCGUCUCGAACAAGAUGUUGGUUGCAGCGGUCAAAGCCCUAGCGGCUCGGUCACCUGCGCUCCAAGAUCCCACCCAGCCUCUUCUACCGGGCGUAGAGCAUGUGCGUGAGCUCAGUGUAAAUAUUGCCAAGGCAGUGAUUCAGAGCGCGGUCAAGGAAGGACACGCCCAGCAGGAUGGAAUUCCAACAGAUGAGUCCGAUCUAGACAAGUGGAUUCGGGCGCAAAUGUGGGAACCAGUUUAUCGACCACUUGUGAAAGCGGAGCAGCAAUAA